GCCGGUGGCCCUCGCCCCCUGCUUUAUGCCAAGUCUGCCCGGCUGGCGGAGCUCAGCCGGCUGCUGCCGGUCAACCAGGACCGAACCGCGCUUGUGCACAGCCUGAUAGACGCCUACGGCCUGCUCGAGGGGUGCGCUGUGGAGGAGGCGCGGCCUGCCAGCCUGGCGCAGCUGCUGCAGUACCACAGCCGCGACUACCUGGCGGCGCUGGCGCUGUGGGACCAGCUCCCCGAGCGGCGGCGGGCGGACUUUGGGCUGGAAGACGACUGCCCGCCCUUCCACGGGCUGUAUGAGCUCGCCGCGCUCACCGCCGGCGGCUCGCUGGCGGCGGCCGCCGGCCUCUGCUCCCGCCUGCACCGCACCGCCGUGCACCUGGAUGGCGGCAGGCACCACGCGCGCAAGUCGAGGGCCGCGGGGUUCUGCUACACCAACGAUGUAGUACUGGCCAUCCUGCAGCUGCUGGGCAGCUUCAAGCGCGUGCUGUACCUGGACCUGGAUGUGCACCACGGUGAUGUGGUAGAGGAGGCUUUCCAGCUGACCAGCCGCGUGCUGACCAUCAGCCUGCACAAGCACGCCCCCGGCUUCUUCCCGGGCACCGGCGGCGGCGGCGGUACAGGCGGCGGUACAGGCGGCGGCGCGGGCUUUGCCCUCAACCUGCCGCUGCGGGACGGCCUGCGGGACGGCCUGUUUGUGCGGGCGUUUGAGGAGGUGGCAGGCGGGGCGGUAGCCGCCUACCAGCCAGACUGUCUGGUGGUGCAGUGCGGGGUGGAUGGGCUGGCACAUGACCCGCUGGCCGCCAGCUGGGCGCUCACCCCCGCCGCCUUUGCCGCCUGCGCGCGCCGCGCCGCCGCCUGGGGCCGGCCCCUGCUGGUGCUGGGCGGCGGCGGCUACGACUCGCCCUCCGCUGCCUGCACCUGGGCGGGCGUGGUGGCGGCGCUUCUGGGCAUGCAGCUUCCCGACGACAUCCCGGAGCACGAGUAUUUCGGGCGGUACGGUCCCGGCUUC